AUGCAACUCCUUACGGUUGUCGGCGCGAUCGCCGUAUUGUCUAAUGUUGUUUCGGCGGUUCCUCAACCGAGCGAGAGAAUUGAACAAAUUCAAGAAAAGCGAUGGGGGUGGCCGUGGAGUACUGAUUCGGGAAAAGGUGGACAUGGAGGAAAUGGAGGUGGUUCAUGGGGUGGCGAUGAUGAUGAUGAUGAUGAUUCGAAUACGUCGAUUCGAUCACUUUUACCAUUCACACAUCCGCAUCUAGUGGCUGAAGAAACGGGAAGUAGUACUACGGUUUCUGGUACUUCGUUUUCGACAUUGGUAUCGAGCUCGUCUAUUGCUCGUUCUUCGGUAGCAAAUGUUUUGAUUUCUGGGGGUGGAGGUCUCUCGACUACAGUCUCGAUUAUUUCUACAGUUACAGAUCCAAUUCUUUCGGCUACUCCCGUCGUAAUCAACACAUUUCCAUCACCACCAACCUCAUCAUCCCCAACAUCCACUCUUUCAGCAACCCUCAUCAUCGACAACACAUCCCUCACUCUCUGCUCCGCACUCCCCACCAGCAUCAUUACUGUGACCGAAAGCUGCACUAGCACAGAAUGGAUUACUGUUAUCGAGAGCGGUUCUUGGACGACUACCCCUUUACCAUCUACAAAUCCCGUAUCGACGAGUUGGACAACUACACCGUUACCUUCGGGCUCUCCUUCGGGCUCUCCAUCAGGAGUCCCAGGCACAGGGGGAAAUUCGACGGGUAUUUGGACGGUGACUCCGGUGGAGACCUCGAGUAGAGUUUGGACUACGAGUGCGGGGAAUGCGAGUGUGACUUCUUCUUUUUCUUCUGCGGUGGAAACAGGAACGGGGACUAGUGUGAGUGCAGGACCUUCUGCAUCGGGGAAUUCGUCAUCCAACAUCGACUCUCGCGACUUCAACUCAGGAAUCUACUUCAACUACUCUUCUUUUUCUACAACCACUAUUCCCUAUUCCUCAUCUUUAUCCUCUCUCUCCUUCUCUACCCCCAUCUCCAGCUCCUCCUCCCUCUCCAUCCCCGCCCUCCCCAUCUCAACCGGCACCACCGAUCUCCACCCCAGCACCACCAUCGCCUUCACCACCACCGUCACCACCCUCCAAGCAAGCGGAACCCCCAAUCCAGCAGCUGUACAUUGCGGACUCCAUGGUUUACCCGUCGGAGAUUAUUUCUUGGCCGAGUUUGUGGAGGAUAAGGCGGGGGUGGCGGUUACGCUGCAGGGGUGCUGGGAGUUUUGUGAUGGCGUCUACGGCAUAGACAAAGGCUGCGUAUCCUAUUCCUUCUAUCCGGAACCAGGGACCGGCGCACCCAGAUGUGAUCUCUUUGGUGGGAGUGUGGCGCAGAGCUUGGAUAGCAUUAUUCCGAGUGUGCCGAAUGUGUGGUUUGAUUUGGAGUGUGGGGAUCCGAGUUUGAGGGCGUGA